AAGUAAACCUUCGAUAGAGAUAGCACGUCACUAUCAUUUAUUUUAUAUCGCUUUUCGUUUUUUUAUAAUUCGACAAAAGGCCACGACAACUGCUCGGCUGUUUGGUGAAUGUAUAGUGUGUAGGUACUAUAUUUCGAAAAUUGUCAAAGUAGAAGUGAAGUGAUUAACUGAAGACGUCAGUUUGUUUCUAAUAUUAUAAUUGUUUUUUGAAUUGUGUUCAAUCGUGUACGCAUUAACAACAAAACUUUAAAUAUUAUGUAUUUAUUUAUAUAGGAAUAAAUCAGUGUUAUUCGAAGUCUAAAGUGCAAUAGUUUUAUUCUUGAAUUUGUAUGAGCGAAUCCGUGAAAAUGUCUACAGAAGAAAAAUUUAACGCUGCGGUCAAUGUUAUUAGGAAUUUACCAAAAAGUGGAUCAUACCAGCCUAGCAAUGAUAUGAUGCUAAAGUUCUACAGUUACUUCAAGCAAGCGACAGAGGGACCAUGCAAAAAGGACAAACCUGGCUUUUGGGACGUAGUCAAUAGAGCAAAAUGGGAGGCGUGGAAAAAAUUGGGUGACAUGCCGAAAGAAGAAGCGAUGCAGUCAUAUGUUAAUGAGUUACAUAAGAUAGUUGAAACGAUGUCCUACAACAGCGAAGUGGCGUCCUUCCUACUUGUCACGGACGACGAGCACGAUUUUCCGAGCGCUGAUUUACAGCUAGUGGCUGGUGAUAUACUCGCGAGGUGUAGGAGAGACUCGCAGACGGAGGCGGAUGCUGAUUCUCCUUCACGUUCUCGCUUAGGGAGCGGCACGUCCUCCCCCGUACACGACACGAGCCCGCAACGUCAACGACACGACUCCGACGACGAGUUCAUUGACACAGUCGACGACCACGUCGACGUGUUACACGAAAACACGAGAGAUACGGAGCCACUUCAAACUCUGCCUCCCCCUCGCCUCAGCAAUGGACACGCUCACCAGAUUAGCUCGCAACUUACACAUCUGAAGGUGCUGGAGCAACUACCAGGUGUUCUGGCAAGGUUGGAGGCCGAUGUGGCGGCGCUUAGGAAGGCUGUGGAGGGAGACCGAAGGAUACUGGACCAAGUGUCGCGCGGCUGGCGCUGGCCCUGGCAGGAGCUGAGCGCGCCCACCCUGCUGCUCAUAGCCGUGUGGCCCUUCGUCGCCUAUCGUAUUGCGGCGCGCCUGCGCAGGGACCGCUAGCGCUGUUCUACCAAGAUGCGGGUAAAGUUGUUUGAAGAUCGACAGAAAGUGAUUUUUACAAUUUUUACAUGUAUUAAUAUUCUCAAUGUAGCAACACUCGUUCUAUCAUCAAAACUGUUAUUCAAGAUUAGAUUUGAUCAUGUAAAAUAUUUCAUUUAUUAUGUAAUUGAGUGUUUUAAUGCGAGAAUUGUUAGUUUUUUUGUAUAAUUUCGGUUUAUAAAUAUAAGUUGGUAUAAUA